AUGAAUACGUCAGUAAGGAUUCUGAUCCUUUUCUAGAAAAAAACUAUGUUUCGCCCUCGAACUGCUGUGAAAUUUAGAUUUAAAGAGAAAUGUAGAGAAGUCCAGAGAUAAUUUAUGAAAACGUUUCGUAAUCACGGAAAAGAAACGUUCUCUCUGAAUUUUGAAUGAUGUUUCGUUGAGGAAGUGCCGCCCCACACAAGAAAUCUGUAUAAAUACCGUCCAAUGAUUCAGCUGAGUCAUUUUUUCAGUUUUUCCCCGGUUGACUUGAUUACUUCUUAUUUUCAGGGAAUCUUGCAGUUGGUUGCCGAGAGGAACGCGAUGAAAGUCUGGAUCUUGGGGGUCCUGGUGAUUCUGAUGCCACUGUUGGUGCCUGCCGACGACAUCAACGAGGAAUCUUAUGAAUUCGACGCAAACACGAACAUCACCCUCCGCAUAGACAUCUCCAAAAUUGUGUUUAAUGGUAAGACUCUUACUCUUGAGCCCGAUGCUGAAAGUACUCAAUUCAUUCCAGCGAUCAAGCAGAACUGUGACAUCGAAAUGAGCAUUCAAACCGAAGCCCCUGUCGACUAUCAAAUUUGCAACAACGAAGGCGCCAUCUUCGGGAGCAUGCAGCCAAUAACAGAGGAAAUUAUGCUGUUCCAAGACGCAUGGCACGUUUUCUUCUUGCUGAAUUUCCAGCACGGACGAGCCAGACGUUUCCACGAGACUAUGUGAGUCAUCUUUCAUUAUAUUGAUUGGUAGCGCUCUCAGAAAUGGUUCAUUUGCUCGUGUACCGUUUCAAAACAAAACAAAUUUACAGUUUCGAAAUCGCUUUCAUUGCCUCCGAGAAUACGACGGGGAAGAUCACAUUCUCCUUGAAAUCAAGAGUGACGUUCAGGGAAUUUCCCGUUCAGAAAUCGAACACAAAGACUCUGGUUGUCAUCCACCAUUUUCCGGAGAAAUGGAAGGAAACAAUCUACAGUUACCCGGUCUCGCUGACCAAGGAAUUAGAAAUGGGUGAGUACUGACGAAGCGCACUCUCAUCCUGCAAUAAUUUUCAGGGCUGUCGGAGAGCAGGAUCCGACUGGAAACGAACAGUUCCGGUGGAACUAAACUCACUUUUGCCAAGUGCAACCUGCAGACCGUCAAUUUCAUCACCCCUUCCUUUGGCCCGAAUCUUGACAAGGAUACGAGCCUGUACAUCCGUCUUCUCGGACACCUCACCUGUCCCGCCGACCAGACCAAAUCGUGAGUUUCCAUAGGUAUCUAGUGUAUUUUAAGGUUUCCUUUCAAGUGUAAAAUUGAGUUUUUCAGCUUCCAAAUGGUCGUUGUGAGCAGCAGCGAACCAGAGACCGUCGUGCCUCUCUCAUUCGUCACUUAUGAUCCCUUCCACACUUUUCUCAUUCAUUAUACGAAAUCCGUUCUGUUUCUUGUUGUUUGUUGUGCAACUCUUUUUUCGAUAAUUUGUGUGCUUGUUCCCAUGAUUCCGGAAAGCGGCUAG